AUGUGCCACUUUCAGGUCUCCUCACACUGCUGGUGGGUUCCAUUUUGUCAUAGGGUGCUGGCAGAUUACGGGCCUCCCAUUGCUGCUGCCAGGCCCGUAAUCUGCCAUGGGCCCCCGUACCGCCUCCUCAUGCUGCUGCCAGGUCCAGAGUGUCUCAUGGGUCCCUGUACGGCCUCCCAUUGCUGCUGUCUCCAUCGCCACACUCUGCCAUGUGCCACUUUCAGGUCUCCUCACACUGCUGGUGGGUUCCAUUUUUGUCAUAGGGUGCUGGCAGAUUACGGGCCUCCCAUUGCUGCUGCCAGGCCCGUAAUCUGCCAUGGGCCCCGUACCGCC